GUCCGCAAAGAACAAGACCGCUGGCGCUGUCUGGCGUUCGACCAAGCCAUUCUCGAGAUCUUGACGGAGGUCCACAUCAGCCCUUUUGGUGUCGUAGACAAAGGUGACUCGGACCCGCUGACGGCCGGCCGGACCAUUCAUGACCUCUCCUUCCCCGUCGGCCGCUCCAUCAACGAUCACACUGAUUCCGCGAGUAUGUGUGCUCCUACAUUCGAGACGUGUGAUGCAAUCGCGACGGAAAUUCUCCUCCGGCAACACGCUCACCCCAGCGCGGAGGUUAAACUCCAGGCUGGCGACGUCGCCUCCGCUUUCCGAAACACCUGUACGCGGAGCGACUGCGCGUACCUUUUCGGUGGGCGGCUCGAGCCCGAUAAUGCGCUGGCCAUCGGUCUGGCGGCAGCGUUCGGCUGGUCUGGCUCCCCCGCCACGUAUGGAAUCGUCGGCGGUGCCAUUGCCUUCAUACACGGCGUGUCGUCCAACCUGUUCCAGCCGCGAGGCCUUUUCAACUACUACUGGGUCGACGACCACAUCAAUGUUGCUGCCGAUGUCGGUUCCAACUGCGCGGACGCUUACAUCUCCUUACGGAACGCCAUGAUCACGGUCCUCGGGGAUGGGGCAAUUAACGAGGGCCAAUUUACCCCCUGGAGCACGCGUUAG